GAACAACAUAGUGUGAUGUUAUGUAGUAAAUGCUCGAUCAAUCGGAAUAAGGUCUCGUAGCCAUCAGGAGAUCAGGAGAGCGGGCCGUAUCAUGGCGUCUGGGAGUCAACAGCACCAGAUUCAGGUGAUGCUCACGCUGCACGACGGCGAACGCUCAUUCGGUAUGUCUCUGGCUCAGAAGAGUCCGGCGCUUGGCCCCAAAUACACGGUAGUUUCCAGCGUCUUCGCCAAUUCGCCCGCCGACCGCGCAGGUGUCCGCAAAGGAUACGUGGUGCGAAGUAUCAACGACAAACCUGUGGGCGGUCUGACGGUUGCGCAGGUCGCUAACCACUUCCGAAACGUGGGACAGGCUAGAAUCACGCUGGAAAUUGUGGAGAGCGCAGUGUCGUCUCGGCCUUCAGCUUUUACAGCGGCAGCGACGUUCGGAAGAGUUACGACCUUGCCGAAUAGACCGGCAACGCAGACUGUAGCUGGUACUCCGGUUGAUCAGCGUUCGACAACUCCAGUGACGGGGUUUUCUGCUGUUUCGUCAGGUAGGGCGAUUGCAGCUCCAGGAUCAGCAUUGGCGGUCCCUAGAGUUGCAGCACCCAAGCAGCCCGUUCUGAGAUUUGGAACGAAGCCUGCUGCAAAGACAUUGGGAUUGAAGCCGCAGACUGGGGUGGCUUCUGCUGCGACUGCUGUGGCAAGUGCCGACGCGAAAAUUUCGAGUGGAAUCAAUUGUAAGAGUAAACCUGUGGAGCCGGUACUUCGCCUGGGGCCAAAACCGAAAUCAGUGGCGUCUGGAAAAGCUGAAGAGAAGGUGACAGCCAUGACAUUAAGAGCAGAACCCAAACAGGUACCAGUUGCAAGGGAGCCUAUUAACAGUAGGGUGCCGCAAAGCCCUGUUGCAGUGAUCGACGUUUCCAGAGGUGUUGAAAGCGCUCAAACAACUAGAGUUGCACAGCCAGAAAGCUUACCAGCUCCAAUACCAACUCCACCAAAAGCAAAAUCUACAUCAGCAACCACAACAACUCCGACUCCAGCAGCGAAGAAACCGGUCUCGGUAUCGACUGCAGAAGCUAGAUCUACUGCUGUGGUUAUGUCAACAGUGGCGCAGUUUCCAUCUUCAACGGCGCCAAAUAAUUCAUCUUACAGAACAGCUGCUAAUAUACAAGUGUCCACAGCAUCACCGGCAAGUACGGUCAACGUACCAGGUCCCGCUCGGAGUUCGACAUCAGCACUACCACAAGUUGCAGCGGCGCCUGCAGUUCAUCCACCGGAACCAGCAGCGAUGUCAGCACUGAGGAUGCCUCCAUCUCCGGUGAUAAUCUCACCAAUGACUUCAGCAAAUUCAACACCAGCUCGAAGUCCAACUCGAUCAAGCGUAGUUGCACGAUCUGCUCCAGCACCGCCCGUACCAGAACAAUCACAAGCCACCACGAAGACUGGUAAGAAACGUGGGAGGCCGCGACGCAAGAACACAGCACCAGCAAAUGGCACUACAAGUAACAAAGGAAAGGGCAAAGCCAAGAAGACUUCGAAGCACCACCAGCAAAAUGACGAGAUGGAUUCCAUUCUGGACGACGACGAGAUGCUCGAGUGUUAUGCCUUUUCUUCGGACUCGGACGUAGAGGAAUCUCCAUCCGCGAGAGCUAAACGCCGCACUGCUAACGGUCGACGUCGAGGAGCUACCGACCGUCCUCGACAUAGCCUUACCGUCGACCGGUUGCUUGGGAUGGGAUUCACACAGGAAGAUGCGGAGGCGAGCGUGAAAGAAAUUGGUGAUGACCCAGACGCCUGCAUGGUUUGGAUUAUUUCAAAGAUCGAGGAGAGACAAUUCAACGAGGAUCUUAACCGGGCAUCGAUUCAGUCGGAGCAGUCGAAACGUGACGAAGAGAAGCGAGUGAAGAAAAUGGAGCAGGAGAAAAUCUCCAACGCCGAGAAAUUUAUGGCCCUGUUUCCGACAUCCUACAUGGUAUGUCCAGAAUCCACUGCUUUGAGCUUGAAGAAGUUAUUACAGUCGACAAUUGAUCAAGUAGAUGGAGAGGCUUUUAUUCGUGAGGUCUUCUCCAAACUCCUGACCCUCGAAGGGCAGUCUAUCCGAUGGUAUAAAGAAGCUUCCAGGUCGUACAUGUUGGAGCUCGCUGGACGUCUGGACACUGAAUUGGGCAACCACGAUAUUAUCACGUGCUGCGCGUGUGUCAAUUCUCCGAACGAUUCGUGUUCGUUCGUUCAAAAAGUAUUAGAAGAGGUGAAGGCACUGACGACGGCACUGUUCGAGAUGCCCACCAACCAGGGGGGCGUACCCCCGGUAUUCCUUGAGUGUGACGAGACGACAAAGUUUGAUCUAGAAGACGAUGGCUUCGAAGUAAUUGAGCUGGAUGAGUAAACAAAAUGUGGGGUGACCUAUUUACUUGUGCGAGUAGGAUUGGGGCGUCGUGUUUAAUGUUAAAGGACAACGUUGUCAAGCUCGCAGUCCGUCUACUCUUCCCCAUUGUUUUGUUUUCUGACAUUCUCGUUUAUUCUGUCACGUAAAUGCCUUCUCCAGCGAACCAGAGUGUGUUCUCAUCGCGCGUGGAGCUGCCACUCACUUCCUGCUGGCCGUUAAUGGGGCAUCGCGGGCAAUUGCUGUCAUCAAACCGGGACCUCGAGCUCGUGGUGAGCAGGUGGUUUGUCGCCCGGUGACGCAGACGUACGAGCUCGCCACGUUUCCAGAGUCCGUCGUCUUCGCACUGGCCCUCGGCCGAGCACUGCUGGUUCUCCUGACACUCGACGACCCACGAGUCCAUUCGGUCUCCUUCUCCAGCGACACCAA